AUAUAUUGGGUUUCACCAUUGUCUUGUUUCGUCGUCGUCUUCUUCUUCUUCUUCUGUAAGUUUAAUUUUCUUUUUCUUUUCUUUUUUGUUUUUAAUUUUUGAUAUUAAAUAGUUAUGGAGGAAGACAACGUAUUUGUCGAAUAUGAGAUCGACUGGAACGAUCUUUUCACGGAAUUGUUGGAUCCAUCACCGGUGGAGACUUUCUCGAAUCCCUUAUCACCUGAUGUUUCGGUGUCUUCAUGGGCGAUGAAUAUCGAGAGUCUGUUGAUGAAGGAUGAUAAUCACGAUCUAGAGCCGCUCAAUCAGCAAUCGCUCGACGAUUUUUUUUCAGAUAUACUCGCGGAUUCGCCGCCUCCUGCAGCUUAUGCGAAGGCCGUUGACGACGUGGCAACUGAUAAAGAUUCUAAUGUUUCUGAUGAAUCUGUUCCUGUUACCUCUGAGGAGGAAGGGAAGCUGGUCCACGAAGGAGAAAAAGCCAACGACAAGAACAAUACCAGUGAAAAGAACACUAGUGAGAAUGAUUUUGAUGAUGACGCUGGCGCUGACGAUCCCAUCUACAAGAAACGGAGAAGGCAGUUGAGAAAUAGGGAUGCGGCAGUUAGAUCGAGGGAGAGGAAGAAGAUGUAUGUGAAGGAUCUUGAAAUGAAGAGUAGGUACUUAGAAGGCGAAUGCAGAAAACUGGGGCGGUUGCUUCAGUGUGUUGUUGCAGAAAAUCAAGCUCUUCGUCUUAGUUUACAAAAGGGCAAUGCAUUUGGUGCAUCCUCGGCCAAGCAGGAGUCUGCUGUGCUCUUGUUGGAAUCCCUGCUGUUGGGUUCCCUGCUUUGGUUCCUGGGCAUCAUUUGCCUGUUUACCCUGCCCACACUAAUCCAGACAACUCCGGAGUUGUUUCCACUGAAAAGCGUGGAAGAGAAAGCUCCAGGAAAUCCAGCUCCAAGAGGAGCAGGAAGUAAAGUUUUGAUAUCCUCUCUAUUUAAAUCUCGGAGAUGCAAAGCUUCAAGGACAAGGAUGAAAACAAGAGAUAAUAUUCUUAGAGGUUUGGUAUUAGACUUCCUUCACUAGUGCCCAUAUCGAAUUCUUUUUGUAUGAGGGAAGGGUGAAUGUUGUAUAACUAGGAACAAAAUACUAGGGAACGGUAUUCAAUGCUAGAGAAGUAGUCGCCUGUGCUGCUAUCAAUAAGAACUAUGAUAUGCUAUCCAACUCAGUUCUCUGUGCAUUGGUUUCAAGUUAUUUUUGUAUAAUAAUAUUGAUGAUUUCUUUUUUGGGUUA